CCUGGAGAAACAACUGGCCCGACCAUGGAUGAAGAGACUGAAACCUUCGCCUUCCAGGCGGAGAUCGCCCAGUUGAUGUCCCUCAUCAUUAACACCUUCUACUUCAACAAGGAAAUCUUCCUUAGGGAGCUCAUCUCCAACAGCUCCGAUGCUCUGGAUAAGAUCCGCUAUGAGAGUCUGACAGACCCCAGCAAAAUGGACUCUGGCAAGGAGCUCAAGAUCGACGUGAUCCCCAACAGAAAUGAGCGUACCCUCACCAUCAGCGACACGGGCAUCGGCAUGACCAAGGCUGAUCUCAUCAACAACUUGGGCACCAUCGCCAAGUCGGGCACCAAGGCCUUCAUGGAGGCGCUGCAAGCGGGGGCCGACAUCUCCAUGAUUGGCCAGUUCGGCGUGGGCUUCUACUCUGCCUACCUGAUCGCCGAACGGGUGUCCGUCGUCACCAAACACAACGAUGACGAACAGUACUUGUGGGAGUCAUCCGCGGGUGGUUCCUUCACGGUGCGCCUUGACAAUGGUGAAAGCAUUGGCAGAGGCACUAAGAUCACGCUGCACCUGAAGGAGGACCAAUCUGAGUACCUGGAGGAGAAGCGCGUCAAAGACAUCGUGAAGAAGCACUCUCAGUUCAUCGGGUAUCCCAUCACCCUCUUUGUCGAGAAGGAACGUGACAAGGAGGUGAGUGACGAUGAGGCUGAAGAGGAGAAGGAGGAAAAGAAAGAAGAAGAAAAGGAGGCCGAGACGGAGGACGACAAGCCCAAGAUUGAGGAUGUUGGCUCGGACGACGAGGCCGACAAGGAGGGUGACAAGGACAAGAAGAAGAAAAAGAAGAUCAAGGAGAAGUACAUCGACAAGGAGGAGCUCAACAAGACCAAGCCCCUGUGGACGCGCAAUCCAGACGACAUCUCGCAGGAGGAGUAUGGAGAAUUCUACAAGAGUCUCACCAACGAUUGGGAGGAUCACUUGGCUGUCAAGCACUUCUCCGUGGAGGGCCAGCUAGAGUUCCGGGCCCUGCUCUUCGUGCCACGCCGUGCGCCCUUCGACCUCUUUGAGAACAAGAAGAAAAAGAACAACAUCAAGCUGUACGUGCGCCGUGUGUUCAUCAUGGACAACUGCGAAGACCUCAUCCCUGAGUACCUCAACUUCAUCAAAGGUGUGGUGGACUCGGAAGACCUCCCCCUGAACAUCUCGCGAGAGAUGCUCCAGCAGAGCAAGAUUCUCAAGGUCAUCCGCAAGAACAUCGUGAAGAAGUGCAUGGAGCUGUUUACAGGCCUUGCCGAAGACAAAGAAAACUACAAGAAGUUCUACGAGCAAUUUUCCAAGAACAUGAAGCUGGGAAUCCAUGAGGACUCUCAGAAUCGCAAGCGUCUUUCCGAAAUGCUGCGGUACCACACGUCGGUGACGGGCGAGGAUGUGUGCUCCCUCAAGGAGUACGUGUCGCGCAUGAAGGAGAACCAGAAGCACAUCUACUACAUCACUGGCGAGUCCAAAGAGCAGGUGUCGAACUCUGCCUUUGUGGAGCGCGUGCGCAAGCGGGGCCUAGAGGUGGUGUACAUGACAGAGCCCAUCGACGAGUACUGCGUGCAGCAGCUCAAGGAGUUUGACGGCAAAACGCUCGUCUCGGUCACCAAGGAGGGGCUGGAACUGCCUGAGGAUGAGGACGAGAAGAAGAAGCAGGAAGAGGCUAAAGCGAAGUACGAAAACCUCUGCAAGGUGGUCAAGGAGAUCCUGGACAAGAAGGUGGAGAAGGUGACCGUUUCCAACCGGCUGGUGUCCUCUCCAUGCUGCAUCGUGACCAGCACUUACGGCUGGACGGCCAACAUGGAGCGAAUCAUGAAGGCACAGGCUCUUCGUGACUCGUCCACCAUGGGCUACAUGGCCGCCAAGAAGCACUUGGAGAUCAACCCAGAACACCCCAUCGUGGAGACGCUGCGCCAGAAGGCGGAGGCAGACAAGAACGACAAGUCUGUCAAGGACCUCAUCAUUCUGCUCUUCGAGACGGCGCUGCUGUCUUCGGGUUUCUCGCUCGAUGACCCCCAGACGCACUCCAACCGCAUCUACCGCAUGAUCAAGCUGGGGCUCGGCAUUGAUGAUGACGAACCCAUCCCAGAUGAGAGCACGCCAACUGUCACUGAGGAGAUGCCACCACUGGAAGGAGAGGAUGCUUCCCGGAUGGAAGAGGUUGAUUAAAAACGCCUGGUGACCAAUUUUUUGGGGAGCAAUAGUAUACACCUUGCUUUGUUGCAGGGUUCAAAUAAAUGUGCACAUUUAAGCGAUCGUGCAUCCAGAGUUCCCAUACUUCGUGUUUAAAAGUUGUGUGUUCUUUGCACUGUGAAAGUUAAAAUACAGGCUUCUGUCCGAUGUGUUGCUUGUGCGCACGUUUCGGGUCAAACCCUCUUUGUUGGCAGUACAUACAAUGAUCUUGGUUUUUUUGGUAACUUGAAUAAAGCAUUGCACCCUUCUGGGAGGCCCCCCUGA